CCGGUAGGGGCCCGGGGUAUGGACAAGGGUCGUGAAAGGGGAGAGUGGGGCCAAAAGGUGUCGCGGUCCGGGGGAAAGGUGAGGAUUGAGAAGGGGCUGACCGACAAGAUAGCGCCCGCGUGGAACGAGAAAAAGGUGCAGGGCGAGGAGAAGGCGCGGGGCGAGGGGACAGCCAGUGGCGAGGAGAGAUCCCGAGGCAAAGUGAGGUUAUCUAAGGAGAAUGGGCGUGGUUCUCCGAGGGGGCGAGGUGAGGGGCAGGCUCGAGAAGAACAGCUCUCCAAAGACCGGGGGAAUAGGGGGAUGGACAAGGGGCGGGUCGAAGAACAAGGACAGAGCCCGGAACGGGGGCGGGGCAAGGAAGGGAAACCGACCGAGGAGCUUGCUCCAGGCGAGAAACAGGGGCGGGGACAGGGAAAGGGGCGGGGCGUGGAGAAAGUCUGGGCUUCGGAACCCGAGAAGGGGGAGGCUAGAUACAGGACCCGGUACCAGGGCAGGGCCCGGGCCAGGAGAAAGGGGAGAUUCGAAGAGAAUUGGGGGGACGGGACAAGAAGUGGGGGCGGAGCCAGGUGCAGGUGCAAGUGCAAGUGCACGACCAGAGAGAAUAGCAGGUCUGGGGAAAAUAGGUGGGGCACAGUCAAAGCCAGAAACAGAACGGGAGACCCUGUGAAGAGUAGGGGCGGGAUGCAGAGCAGAGGCGGAGCAAAGAACAAGUAUGGGGCAAGGUUAAGGUGUGAGGCGAGGAGGCGGGGCGAAACUAGGAGCAGGGGCGUGUCCAGGAGCAACAGUAGAGGAGGGAACUGGAGUAAAACUAGAGGCGGGGUUCAGAAGAGGAGCAGGUGCAGCGUCUGGGUCAAGGGCGAAAUCUGGAGCAGGAGCGGAACCCGGAGCAAGAGCAGGGCGGGGGCCAGAAGCAAGAGCGGGGGCGGGGCCAGGAGCAAGUGCAGGGGCGGGGCCAGGAGCAGGAGCAAGAGCAAGAGCAAGAGCAAGAGCAAGAGCAAGGGUGGGGCCAGAAGUCUGAGUAGAGUUGGGGCCAGGAGUAGGGGUUGGGCGACGCGCCGAAACUUGGUAGGCUGUCUGAAGGUGGCUCCCGGGCGCAGUCUGGCUGGCAGGUGUUGACCCCCUCUU